AUGAAGUACACCAUCACCCUCUUCACUCUCGCGGCAUCUGUUCUCUCUGCACCUGUGGCUCAGUCUUCCUACGACGACUACGGCUCCUACAACAACAUCCCCGCUCCCGCCGUUGAGAAUCCUCCCGCUCCGGCUGCUGGAUACGGUUCUUAUGGUGACUACAACAACGUUCCGGCACCGGCGGGUGGAUAUGCUACUUAUGGGGCGUAUAAGCGAGAUGUGGAGAAGGAGGUUAAGGCUUGA